UGUAAGAUGGUGGUUAGACGGUGCAGCCGCUGUACAUGGUCAUAGAGGCUACCAUAAAGGCUCGGCAGUUUCAGUUUAGAACGGAGAAAUAUUCCCCUAAAAAUCAAGCUCCCAGUUUCCUAACACUUCGGCGUGCAGAAAUCUUUCUUAUAUCCACGCCCCAACUGCUGUGCAUAAAUCCUGAGAAGAACAGAUUUAGACAGGGAUGUCCCGUAGCCCUGAAGUGAAAGAGGACCCCAUGGAGUGCCCCCUGUGCAUGGAGCCUUUGGAGAUUGACGAUGUCAACUUCUUUCCCUGCACCUGUGGCUACCAAAUUUGCCGUUUCUGCUGGCACCGCAUUCGCACAGAUGAGAAUGGCCUUUGUCCCGCCUGCAGGAAGCCUUAUCCAGAGGACCCAGCUGUGUACAAGCCCCUCUCUCAGGAGGAGCUGCAGAGGAUAAAGAAUGAGAAGAAGCAGAAGCAGAAUGAGCGCAAGCAGAAGAUCACAGAGAACCGAAAGCACCUAGCCAGUGUACGCGUUGUCCAGCGGAACCUGGUGUUCGUGGUUGGGCUAUCCCAGAGACUCGCCGACCCUGAGGUCUUGAAGAGGCCGGAAUAUUUUGGGAAGUUUGGGAAAAUCCAUAAAGUGGUCAUCAACAACAGCACCUCAUAUGCAGGCUCACAGGGUCCUAGCGCCAGUGCCUAUGUCACAUAUAUUCGGUCAGAAGAUGCCCUAAGAGCUAUACAGUGUGUCAACAAUGUAGUAGUAGAUGGCAGAACACUUAAGGCAUCUUUAGGGACAACAAAGUACUGCAGUUACUUUCUAAAAAGCAUGCAGUGCCCCAAACCAGACUGCAUGUAUCUUCAUGAGCUGGGUGAUGAGGCAGCUAGUUUUACAAAAGAAGAGAUGCAGGCUGGAAAACAUCAAGAAUAUGAACAGAAGCUUUUACAAGAGCUCUACAAAAUGAACCCCAACUUCUUACAGACCUCCACAGGGACGGGGGAAAAGACAAAGGGCAAAUCGGGCUCUCUACAGAGUUCCAACAGUAACAACAAAGAUGCAUGGCCAUCAUUACAGCCCACAGGAAAAACAGCCAAUGGUCUUUCAGAACACCGCAAGAGCCCACCUCUUGAUGGAGGCUCAGACUGUGAGCACUUAACUCCAGAUGGGACAGACUCAGAGUUGGGCCUUGGUCCCCUCCCAGUUCUUUCCCCCUUCUCUUCAAACUGUGAACCUGCCAGCCCCGGUGACAAACCUCCAGAAGCCGUCAGUAUAGGAAAUGGGGAAACGUUGCCACAGAUUCCCUGCAGUGACUCGCCAUCGCCCCCUCCAGGUCUGCCUAAGCCUUGCCUGGUGGUGCCAAUUAGUGUAUCUGGAUUGACCGUGCGUUCACCCUUUGAAGGGGCCGCAGCAGAGUCGCAGUCGUUGUUCUCUGACAACAGCAACUUCAGGCACCCUAACCCCAUCCCAAGCAACUUGCCUGGCUUCCCCAGCUCCCCCCAUAACAACACGGACUGGCCCACUGCUCCUGAACCACAGAGCCUCUUCACCUCAGAUACCAUACCAGUAUCGUCCUCAACAGACUGGCAAGCGGCCUUUGGCUUUGGCUCCUCCAACAAACAGCAAGAGGAUGACCUAGGCUUUGAUCCCUUUGAUAUUACGCGAAAGGCGCUGGCUGACCUCAUCGAGAAAGAGCUGUCAGUGCAGGACAAAACUUCACUGUCCAUGAGUCACAUGACUCCAGCACACGGCUUCCCCCAUGUCCCUGUGCACAGCCCCCUCCACAGCGCCCCCUCCAGCAAAGGCCCACUACUUCCCCCUGCUUCGACCGCACACUUCCCUGCGAACUCUGUGCUGCCCCCGCGUGGGUUCUCCCAAGUCUCGCAGCGGGCUGUGUACAACUCCUUCAGCUUUCCCAGUCAGACACAAGCCUCACGCCACAGCUGGCUGGCAAUGUCUGCAAGGAGCAAUCUCGCGCACUUGAACCACAACACCACAGCUGCCCCCUCCACCGUACAGCACAACAGCUUCUUGGACUUGACUUUGCCAGCUCAACAACAGCAGCACAGUACAGGGCUGGGAGGCAUCCCCAUCACAGAAAACAGCAGUUCAGUAGAGAGUAUAAAUGUCAAAGAGUGGCAGGAUGGCCUUCGAGCGCUUUUACCAAACAUCAACAUCAAUUUUGGUGGGCUGCCAAAUUCUUCGUCUUCCUCCUCUUCCUCCUCCUCCUCGUCCUCCUCGUCAGGCAUGAAUCACACAGGGGGUAUCACGCACAGCCUGAGCUGGGAUGGCACAGCAAGCUGGAUGGACCCUGCCAUCAUCACGGGUAUCCCAGCGUCAUCAGGCAACAGUCUGGACUCUCUUCAGGAUGACAAUCCUCCUCACUGGCUCAAGUCCCUGCAAGCCCUUACAGAGAUGGACGUCACCUCUGGCUCCACAGUGCCCACCCAGCCCCCUCACAACACGCCCUUUGGUGCCCAGGUCCCCCUCCACAGAGCCAGCUGGGCACCAUAUCCACCCGCAGUCUCAGCCAACCCCGCCAGCCAGUUCCACUCACCUCCCCCAGGCUUCCAGACAGCCUUCAGACCGUCAGCCCAGGCCCCUACAGACCUGCUCCAGAGUGCUGCCAUGGACCGACAUUAGGGACUGUGAAACUAACACCCUUUCGUUUACUCUGAGAAAACCCAACAAACACAGCAAGCCGAAUCAAUACAACAUUACAAAACUAUUAACAAAGUAAUUAUAAGAUAAUGUUUUUUUUUUUCUUCUUCCUCCUUCUGGUCUUUUGAGCUCAUUUUAUCUUUCUUGGUUUCACAUUUUUCUUGGUUAAGUCUUUGUUCUUGUUGUCCUGGUGCUCUAUCCCAGCAUUCUGGGCGUGUGAUCACAUAAGCAAAGAAAUUCUCUGACACAGCAUGAGCAAUUUGAAUAGAUUCACAGUGGGGGGUGUUUAGGGGAAAAGAAUUGGCAAAUAAUGAUUAUAUGGAAAUCAUGAAAAUGAUGUGAAUGGAUUGAAGUCCUGGAGAAGAUUCUAUUUGAACUAUGGAGCACCUAGAUCAGAAAUAAGCUUUUCUGCCUUUAAAGCUAUACCAAAAAAGAUCAGCACCUGUUGUAUGUCUACCUGUACAGAGAAAAAUCUGCUUCCCACAUGUCCUUAAAGCCAUGGGAUUCUAAGGAAUCAAGUCAAGAUCUUUCCUGCCUUUCCCCCUUUUAAAUCAAAAGCAUACUUGCUGCUGCUUAGUCUCCUUUCAGAAUGUGGCUAUGGUCCUUGAAAGCCAGGCCUGAAGAAGGGGAAAAAAAAUGGAAAAACACACAAGCCGGUCCUUGACACAUGCUUCAUUUUACUGGGUGCAGCCUUUUAGGUGGUAGACCUUUGUCAUUGACCCUCCUACCAAAUGUCUGGUACUGGGUCAGGACAGGAGGCUUUUCAGUUGCAGCUCUGCAUUUAACCUCUGUAUCAGAGGGUGGUGCAUUGCAAAAUUGACCAAAGCCUCUUUUGAAGAGCAGGGGAACUGUAUUACCCCUUCAAGCAAAGGGUAGGCGUAGCAAACAGGACACCACUGUGUGGUGUCUUUCACAGCUGCCCUUACCUAAAAAGGACAUCCAAAAAGAGUUUGUGUGUUCUUGGGUUAGAUUCCCCAAGGAAAUAAGAUGGAUGUUGGGAUAUGGGACACAUUGCUGGGUAAGAUAUAUGAUCUAUAUAGAUAUGAGACUUGUUUUGAGGAGACACGUGGCAACAAAGCACAGUGGUCAUGUCUCUUCCCUCAGCUUGUAGUAUCAGUGAGGAAAAAGUUCUUUGCACUCAUGGGUGUCUGACAAAAGAAAUCUUGGGGUGUAAGUUAUGAUUGAUAUGGUGCGUGAGAAAAUGACUUGGUAUGUUAUCUUUUAUUUAAUUAGCAAUUUGAUUUCAAGAUCAACAUUCAGGGAUAGUUUGUUCUAAAGGCAUGUUAGGGUCAUCUGAAAAGGUAACUGAAGAAAUCGUGUUUCGCACACUGCCUGAACAAAGCGAUAAUCUGGCCUCACUGAUGGUGAAUGCUGGGAUAGAAGUACUGAUGGGCAACACAGAGUUCUGUCAACGCAGGAUCUUGCUGAGGGCCGUAUGAAAACCACUCUCCCUUCCAUCUGCCUUCUUUAAUUUUCUUUUAAUGGUCUUAAUCCUGUAUCAGCUGUGUAGGUUCUUGCCAACUGUUCAGUAUUCAACAGUAUUCAAGAGGAAAUGAUUAAAUUAAGAUCUCAAGAAGAAACCAAUGCAGUUUAACCACGGGUUUUACUCGAUGCUAAAACGUUGAGAAAGUUUAAAAUGAAGAGCUAAAGGAACUGUACCUCUUUGCAGGUCUGGAAGAAAAAACAAUCUUAAAUAAAAGAGAAAAUAAUGAUGCUGA